AAAGAAAAAAAGAAAAAGAAAACUCGCCCACGAAGCAACGUUUUCCCGGUUCCGAGUUCCAACGGUUCGCAUCGAUCUUUUUCGGGUGUCAAACUUCCGAAGCCUUUAAUUAAAUCGCCCGUCCGAUAUCCUCCAAGUAAUCAUUACUCCUCCUUGUCCUUUCGCUACAGCGGCACGCCGAACUCCAGAAAUAUAGAUACAAAACUAGAAGAGAGAGAGUUCUUGGGUUUGGUUGGUGAAGGAUGGCGAGGUAUGAUGGCUUGUGGCCGAAGAAGACUUUGAUCGGCUUAGUGUUGGGGCAGUUCGUCUCGCUGCUCAUCACUUCCACUGGCUUCUCCUCCUCCGAGCUCUCCAGACGAGGCAUCAAUGCUCCGACGUCGCAGUCGUUCUUGAAUUACUUGCUGCUCGCGUUUGUUUAUGGUGCUUUCGUGAUCCACCGGAAGCGACGGCUGCAGAUAGAUUGGUAUUACUAUCUGAUGCUUGCAGUUGUUGAUGUGGAGGCCAAUUUUCUUGUGGUGAAGGCCUAUCAGUACACAUCUUUGACAAGCGUGAUGCUUCUGGAUUGUUGGUCAAUUCCAUGUGUCAUAUUUCUUACCUGGAUGUUCCUGAAAACAAAAUAUGGACUCAGGAAGUUUGCUGGUGUGGCCAUCUGUGUUGCUGGUCUUGUGUGUGUCAUAUUUUCUGAUGCGCAUGCAGGCGACCAUGAAGCGGGGAGCAACCCUGUGAAAGGAGAUAUGUUUGUCAUUGCUGGGUCAACACUUUAUGCAGUUAGUAAUGUUAGUGAGGAGUUACUGGUGAAGAAGGGGGAUAGAAUUGAGUUGAUGGCAAUGCUUGGCACAUUUGGAGCUGUUAUCAGCGCCUGUCAAAUAAGCAUACUUGAACGCAAUGAGCUCAAAUCUAUCCACUGGACGGCUGGUGCAGUGCUACCAUUUCUUGGGUUUGCAUUAGCAAUGUUCUUGUUUUAUUCUACAGUACCUGUCAUACUCAAGAUAAGUGGAUCAACAAUGCUAAAUCUUUCACUGCUGACGUCCGACAUGUGGGCUGUUCUAAUACGCAUCUUUGCUUAUCAUCAGAAGGUUGACUGGAUGUACUUCAUAGCUUUUGGAGCUGUUGCAGUUGGUCUCGUGAUUUAUUCUGGAGGCAACAAAAAGGAUGAAAACAUAGCCCAAGUUGCCGAGGCCAAGGAAAGGGAUGAAGAGUCUGGGUUGAACAAUCUGGUUCAACAAUCUACUACCACAUCCAGGGACCUAAGACCUGGAGAUGUUAACCAACAGUGCUCAACUUCUGGUGGCGUGGCUAAAUAGAUUCUCACUGUAGUAAAUAAGUUUGCCAAAGAAGCUUGGACUAUGCAUGAAGAUAAUGACUGUGGAGGCCGCUAUGGUAUGGUAAGGAUCCUUACUAACCAUCCAUUGAUGUGGAGCGGAUAGCAGUCGCAGCAAAGGCUGCUGUUGAAUUAUAAGAAAUAGUUAGCAUUUCUGAGGAAAUGGAUUGUGCCAGUUGUAUGAUUUAAGAUCUAACACAUCUGCUGCAUUCCAUUUUCUUUUCCUGGCUGGCCACCAUGCUGAUAGCUACAUUAUGAGUUUAUAACUUUAUUGUAUGGUACAUAUAGCAUAAUGUUUCUUGCACAGUUGAUCUGGCUUUUAAUAUACUUAUUUUUACUUAUCCAGAAGGGGAAGGGAAGAAAGAUCACUAUUGUAGUUAUUUC